AUGCUGUUUAACUUUUGUUCAUAUCUCAACUUUGCCUCAACAGCAACAACACCCAGCAAGGCCAGUGAUUGUCAAGCAGUCCUUGUCCAACAACAAAGCACUCAUACUGGGCAGAAACCCUACAAGUGUGGAGAGUGUGGUAAGCCCCUUAGUUCUCGUAGAACCCUCUCUAUACACCAGAGACUUCAUACUGGAGAAAAACUCUACAAGUGUAAAGAGUGUCAUAAGGCCUUUACUACUCGCUCAUCACUUUUAAUACACCAGAAAAAUCAUACUGGGGAAAAGACCUACAGGUGUGAAGAAUGUGGCAGAUCAUUUUACUACCCUUCCAUGCUGAAGCAACAUCAAAGAAUUCAUUCUGGAGAGAGACCCUACAAGUGUGAAAAAUGUGGAAAAUCCUUUUGCUAUCCCUCAUUCCUUAAGCAACAUCAAAAAAUUCAUGCUGGAGAGAAACCAUACAAGUGUGAAGAGUGUCACAAAGCCUUCCGUUAUACUCAGCCCUUAGAAUACACAAGACAAUUCAUACUGGAGAGAAACCCUACAAGUGUGAACAGUGUGGCAGGUGUUUUUCAUUUUCUUCGUGCCUCAGAAGACAUCAAAAAAUUCACUCUGAAGACAAUCCCUACAAGUGUGCAGAGUGUGGCAAAAGGUUUUCCUGUUUUCCAUAUCUUCAAGAACAUCAACCAGUUCACACUGGGCAGAAACUACACAAGUGUGCAGAGUGUGGCAGGUGUUUUUGCUCAUCUUCGUCCCUUAGACGACAUCAAACAACCCAUUCUGAAGACAAUCCCUACAAGUGUGCAGAGUGUGGCAAAAGGUUUUCCUAUUCUUCUUACCUUCAAGAACAUCAAAGAGUUCAUGCUGGGAAAAAACCAUACAAGUGUGAAGAGUGUGGCAGAUGUUUUUGCUCAUCUUCCUCCCUUCGACGACAUCAAAGAAAUCACUCAGAAGGCAGCGUCUACGAGUGUGCAGAAUGUGCUGUAUGCUUUCCCACUUCUUCUAAACUUAGACGGCACCAAGCCAUCCAUUCUAAAGGCAAGCCCUACAAGUGUGAGGAAUGUGACAAACGCUUUUCCCGUUCUUCAAAGCUUCGGCAACAUCAAACGGUUCAUACUGGAGAGAAACUAUACAAGUGUGAAGAGUGUCAAAAAGCCUUCCGCUAUUGUUCAUCCCUUUGGAGACACAAGACCAUUCAUACAAAAUAGAAAUCCUACCAGUGCGAACACUGUGGUAGAUGCUGGAAGUGUGACAAGAGCUAGUUAAUCUCUAUAGCUUUACGCAGCACAUGACAGUUCAUACUGGAGUAAAGGCCUGUGAAGUCUGUGAAAUACUUCUUCAGCUCUUAAAACACAUCUGUGCUGCCUAGUCUUUUGUUUUGUUUUGUUU